ACUACCAAAAUGAAAAAAGACGCCAAGGACCACGCUAGAAAUCGCCUUAUGGAUUGUUAUAUCAAAAAGGCUCCCACAUAUGCAGCCAUAGUAAAAAUCGAGCAUUUUGAAAAUGAUGAUGCUUCAUCCAAGGAUUUUGAACCAUUCGUAGUAUACUCACUUAACAAGAAGAAACGAUGGGAGAUUAAUGAGGAAUCUCUGAACUCCUCUACUGAAGGGUGUCUUCAAAACGACCUUCUCAAUAACUGCAUUUACCACUCAAACCCAGUCAACUCUGCCCAGAUGGCAACUGCCAAAAAAUACGAAAAAGUGAUUGGCUACCACAUUGUCCGAAUUCCAGUAAACCACAAAAAGGUGUUUGACAAAAAAUGCACUAGAGACCUUAGCUAUCGAUAUCGUGAUUCUAUUGGGAAUGUUCCCAGAGAUUUGACUGUGUUACAGUAUGAAAUGAAAGAAGUUGAACAUGGAAAGGAAGACUUUGCAAAGGAAAAUAUUUCUCCGGAAGUCAAUAAUCCAUCGAAAACUAUCGGGUUCUACAAUCUCGAAGAACAUUUUGUCGCAAGAAAGCAGCAAAAGUCAAAAGGAUGGUUGACUGUCAACUGAAAGAAAAAAUCUAAAUUUAGAUCGAAAAAUUCGGGUUAUAAAUAAAAUAUUUUUCAAAUUUCU